GGAGUGACAGAAGAUGGACUGACAAGGUUUGUGUGAGGGCUCCUGGACGGGAUGAGGGUGGAGGUGCAUGGGCAUCAGGUGCUUGUCGGGAUGUUUUAUGUCCAGAGUGGAAGGUCGCUGGAAGCCAUCACCAGAUCGUCGUGCACCACCACGAGUUCAACCACAACCUGGCUCGCCACCAACCAUUGUCUCCCAUAGACGGCAAGGUUUGAGAUGGUAGGCCUGUGGCAAGGUGUGCACUGCAUCUCAUCUCGGUAGUCCAUCUACGAUCGAAGGCGCUGGAAAGAGGCGGCGGCAACAGCGGAGGCGGCGGCGAUGAUCAUGGCCGAUGAUGAGGAUAUGAUCGCGCUGAUCGUUCUGAUCGUCCACACGUCAAGUAGUAAUGACACGCACAAAAUCUCCUUGAACGGCCGUGAUGGUACCUGUUGUCGACGGGCAUCUGGGCAAUGGGCACCCGCCAGCCCGGCGCCGUCGACAACUUCGCGUGGUGGCGGAUGGGCCGUCUGCGAUCCCUGCCCCUCUGGGGUGUGGUGUGUGGGAACGACGCCAUGGGAACGCCAGCAUGUACCUCUCCCCUUUGAGACCUGGAACUCUCCCAGGCUAACUGGGCUGUCCGCAGCACAAGUCAGGCUUUCCCGCGGCUGGUACCCGUCGAGCUUCCAUGCCCUCCCAACUGUCCACUUCCGACGGUCAUGUUCCAUGUCCGAUACAGUGACGGGCCAUGAUCCAUUUCCCGAUGCCAUAUCCUUCUCGUCUAUCCAUAUCUCGCAUCCUCUCGAGCAGUCGAGCAGUCGAGCAGCCGAGCAGUCACCCCUGACUGCUGCUGAGGCACGUCCCCGAGUCGACAAGCUCCAAGCCUCACUCGCCCAAACAAAUCGAGCAGCCGCAUGCAGCCCGUCCAGCAGCGCCUCCAAAGCCCAUGCCACCCUGGCAACUAAAACACAAUACGCUGUCGGCUCCCAGUUGAGUGGCAUUGGAGGCGGUCCGGGGAUUGCUGGUGGUGGUUGUGGGCCGCCCAGCCAGACCGCCGCUCCCCCCCAGAGGCGAGCGCCCCUGUCAAGUCGUACCAUUUUCCGGUGCUCGAGAUUGGAGAUCUCCAAGCCUAGGCGCUACUGCACGAAGCUAUCGUCACGACCCUGUCUGUCGGUGCAGAACUGUCACAACCGUGUCGAUGAUGUUGAUGAGGCCCCCCCGAAUGUCUCGCCUUCGUCACCUACUAACUUAGGCGGCCGCGCCUAAAGCCCCCCUUCCACACCCAAUGUCUUUAAGCCGGCGCCGGAGAGACGUGAGAAAAGAGAUUAGGGAGAACAAAUCGAGCGGAAGAGAUG